AUGUCAUCGUAUUUACUGCAGUCCAGAAGUGACAAUACUAACAAUAAAUAUUUUUAUGCUUAUAAACGGUGGGAGAGAUUUAUAUUGAAACAAGGGGGACAAUCUUUACCAGCAAAGCCUAUACAUGUAGCCCUAUAUUUAACCAAACUGAUAGACACAGGUUCAUCUUAUAGUGUAGUUCAGUCAGCUUUUUACGGUAUAAAAUGGGCACAUACUGUUCAAGGUUUUUCAGAUCCCACAGAAAAUGCAUUUGUGACCAAUUUACUGGAGUCUUCUAAACGUCAACCACAUAAACCGAAAGUUAAAAAGGAACAUAUUGAUUCUGAAUCUAUUAUUGAACUUUGUAUAAAAUAUAAAGACAGUGAUGAUAUAGCUAUUUUAAGGGAUUUAUGUAUGAUUGUUCUUAGUUUCUCUGGUUUUCUGAGAUACAACGAGCUUAGUUCUCUUCGAUGUAAAGACGUUCAUUUCAAAAAUAAUUAUUUAGAGAUUGAUAUUGACAAAAGCAAAACUGAUCAGUAUAGAUUAGGGGAGAAAUUAGUUAUUUCAAAUGGUGAGUCUGCUGCUUGUCCUUAUAGUUUAUUGUCCAAAUAUUUCAGUAUUUGUAAAAUUGAGUCCAGUUCUGAGCAGUAUUUAUUUAAACCUAUUUUUAGAUCAGGCAAACGGUGUUCGCUAAUUUACAAGAACAAAAAACUGAGUUAUACCAGAGCUAGAGAGUGUAUAGUAGCUAGACUCAAAGAAGUUUGUGGUGAUAUAAACAUAGGUUUACAUUCUUUAAGGGCGGGUGGAGCCACUGUCGCAGCUAACGCUGAUGUUAACGAACGCUGCUGGAAACGGCACGGUCGAUGGAAAUCUGAUACUGCCAAAGAUGGGUACGUGGCAGACUCACUUGCACAUCGUUUAGAAGUUACUAAGAAGCUAGGUCUUUAG